UGAACAGCCGCCAAGAGGAGCGAAUCCGGUUUGGGCGCAAUGGCAGCCCGGGGCUCGCAGACGAGGUCCAGGAGCUAAAGCGCCUUCAGCAUCUUUGGGAAUCGGAGUUCACGGUUCGGCUAUGGACCAACAAUCCUGCCUCUUAUGUUUCGUGUGACAUCUGCGGCCUUGCCUCCCUUUCCCUAAAUUCCCUAAAUUGAGCCUUUGCUCAGAUAAGCGCGAUGCCGGUUCAUCUGCAAAUGAUCGGCUCCCUGAGCAUGAAUUUUUCUGAUUGCCCCAAUGGCUCCCAGUGGGUUUGGGAGAUAUUCCACGAAUGUGCCCAGGAUGGCUGGGACAUAUCCAGUGUGGUGCUGGGCUUGCUCUCCAUCUUCUGCUUUGCUGCAGCGUCUUUCCCCCAAUACUACCUGGCCUGUAAAACUGGGAUUAUGGACCAGGCCUUAUCUGUCUACUUCCUGUUGGGAUGGUUAGGAGGAGAUUCUUUAAACCUGAUUGGGUCGUUCUUGGCUGACCAGCUACCACUACAGGUAUACACAGCCAUCUAUUACGUACUGGCAGACCUGCUUAUGAUGUCCCUCUACCUCUAUUACAAAGUCAAGAACCAGAACCGAACCUUCUCCGCUUCAAUCAAUGCCGCUUUUGCGUUCCUUGUUGUGGGAACAGUGUCUGUGACCUCCUUCCUGGGCAGACCCUCCUCUCUUCCCGGAGAUGACACUGCGUCCUUCAGAGGGAGGAUGCUUCUCUCGUCCGCAGAAGAUCGUCCUGGGUGGGAGCCUUUCACCCAGCAAGAAAUCAUUGGCUUCAUUAUCGGGUCUGUUUCGUCUGUACUCUACCUGCUUUCCCGGGUCCCACAGAUCUACACGAAUUUCAAGAGGAAAUCGACCGUCGGCAUAUCUUAUUCUCUCUUCGCUCUGGUGAUGCUGGGGAACACUUUGUACGGACUCAGCGUCCUGCUGAAAAACCCGGAUUGGGGCCAAGCUGAAGGCAGCUACGUCAUCCACCACCUCCCAUGGCUGAUUGGCAGUUUGGGAGUCCUGGCUCUCGACAUCAUUAUCUCGUUUCAGUUCCUUGCCUACCGCCGGAAGAGGCUACCGUCACUUGAAGAGAGAGAGGCUCUCCUGGGUGCGCAAGAGGAACCUACCGAAAGCUGACAAGGCACGAUUUUUAAGUGAAUGAAGAUGCUGUGAAGGCCUUCUCCAUUCCUCUGGACCUUGGAGAGCAUGCAACAGUUAAAUCUUUUACUGUUGAACAGAUCGUUCUCCUUUUUGGGGUUGGGCUGUGACUACCUCUAAACGGACAAUGUUUCUAUUUAAAAGGGUGGGCUGGGGAAUUAAUCUCACAGGUUGUAAGCUGAGGAGUGAAAAUGGUGCAUUUUUUUUUCAAUUUUUAAGUGUCUUUUGGAACUCAAGAUGCACAUAGCUCCCUCUUCACAAUCACAAUCCAAAAUAAGGAAAAAUGUAAUUUAAUGAGGUGGUUUGGAUGGGAUCAAAGGGAAAUCACUGCAAGUAGGGAUUGGGUAAAGCUAUAUUUCUGGGCUUCAAAGAGUUAUUUGCCGUCAUAAACACAGUCACAGGUGAAUUCUGCCAAGGCCCAUCGAGGCUGAAGGGCAGAGGUCUUGUUCUGUGGCACACACGUUGGGCAUUCAUUGUGAAUAAGUGUUUUAUUUGCACAGAUGGAUAAAUAUGAAAAUAAACUUAACCCCUGCUUUCUAA